CAGAAUCGUCAGGACAUACGGAAGCAGAAUUUUGAAAGAAGAACAAUUGUGACUCCGUGCUGAUUUGGUUGUUAAAAUGGUUUGGAGUAAAGAUGUUAAAGUGUCCUUACAAAAUAAUGAUGGUUCCAUAAAAGAAAUUCGGAGAUUUAUUUAUAACGACCUUAUGGUAGUAACUUUUGACGAUGUUUAUAAGAAGAUAAGAAGUUUAUUUCCCGAACUGCAUAACAAGGACUUCAUAAUAUUAUGGAUAGAUGAUGAGAAUGAUAAAAUUACAGUGGCAAGCAAUGAUGAAUUUGCUAGUGUUAAAAAAACAAUUGAUAAGAAGUUCAUAGAAAUUCUUCGGCUGUACAUACAGGUACCUAAUGAAAAUAAAAAAGUAUCACCUCCUAAGGAGGAAGGAGUGUUUCAUUUCAAUAUAGCAUGUGAUGGAUGUAAUAGUGAUAUAUUAGGAUUUCGAUACAAAUGUAUACAAUGUGACAAUUUUGAUCUGUGUUCACAAUGUGAAGCUUUAAAUCUACACGCAGAUCAUUGGAUGAUACGUAUGCCGCGAGAAUUAGAAUGGUCAUCUCAUCAUGGCCGAGCUUUGCUGCAUCAUAUAAGAAAAUUUAUCAGAAGAAGUGAAACACGUUUACGUAAAGACAAUCUGAAUGAGUGCCCAAUGAGAAGAUGCCAUGAACCAUCUGCAAAUAAUCCUAAUCUAUUUUCUUUAUUCGAUAAGUUUGUACCAUACUUCAAUGGUUCCAAUGACAGAAAGACAGAAGCAAAUGCUGAUGAUGCAGGUGCUUCUAAAGAAGCACCAGCACAAGAAGAUAAGGAGAACGUGAAAACCCAACAAGUAUUUAAACUUUUAAAAAAAGAUAUUACACAAUUUCUAGAUCCAUUUGGAAUAAACAUUGACAUUCAAAUUGACGAUAACAACACAAAUGUACCUCAAACAGAUGAACAAAAAAAAGAAGAAAAAUCAAAAGAAAAUGUGUCGAAUGUAACAAAUGUAGAUCCUUCUAAACAAUUUCCAAAAGAAAGUAGAAAGUCGACUGAUUCUAUUGAUGAUAACACAUGUGAGUCUGAUGCUACAUCAGCUGUACAUCAAGAUACAACUACUCCAAAGACUUUACCAACAGACGAAUGGACAAUUGUAGAUAAAAGUGAUGCUUCUGACAUCAGUUCUUCAUCUUCAGUUUCAUCCAGUUUAAGUAAGAUGCCUGAAACUCAAGUUUCUUCAUCUGAAUUGGCAUCUCCAACAGCACCAAAAGAAGAUUCAUCACGUCAGAAAAUUUAUCCUGAAUUACCAAAAGAGGAAAGAGUAUUUCAUCCCGAUCCAGUAAUUCAUAAUGCUCUCCAAACUAUGAUAUUAAUGGGAUUUUCAAACAAUGGAGGGAUACUAACUUCUUUGUUAGAAACUGAAGGUGGGAACAUCAAUAAAGUUUUGGAUAUACUUCAAUCUGGACAGCAGUAAACACAGAUUUCAAAACUUAUAAUAUACAUAUAUAGUAGUUCAUAUAUAGUUGAUUUUGAAUACAUGUAUAAAUAUUGUAACCUCUCAGAAGUAUAUUUUAUUUGCAAAAUUGAAAUAGAUAAUCCUAUAUAUCACCAUUUGUAGUAUUAAUUAAUAUAGGUUGUAGUUACAGAUCAACAUUCCUUCUAAAUUACUGUAUCAUUUAAAUCA